AAUGGCAGAAGAGAUUUCAAUUACAUUUGAUGAAUAAAACAAAAUUAGAGUGUUGGAUGCUGAGAAAUAUAGAGAGACAGAAUAGUUGAAGAUAGAGAGCAUGGAUUUUAUUAAGAAGGUACUUGCUUUAGAUGAGGUGGUUCAAAAUUUGAAUGAGACACUUGAAGAAUAUUCAAAAAAAAUAGAGAUUGAAAAGUUGAGAGCAAUAGGAGAGGUAUGAAUAUUAAGAUUAAUUAGAGAAAUAAAGUAGAAACAGAAUAGGAAAAUAGAAAGAAAAAAUUAAUGGAGUUAUCAAAUAUUUUGAAUGAAAGAAAGGCUGAAUUAGAUAGAUAUUAAAUUGAACUUGAUAGUUUAUAGAAAGUUGAAUAGGACUAAAGAAUAUUAAUAGAGAAACUCAGUAACAAUGAUGCAUGAUUAAAAAUAUAAAAUUAUAUGUUCCAUUAAUCGUAAUCUCUAAAUAAUCUAAUAAGAGAUCAUGGUUCAAAACCAUUACAAAUAGCAGGAAGAUAUCCAGAGAGUGCUGAUUUCAACAUUAAGUCAAAGUUCUUUUUGCCAUAAAUAAAAAUGACAGAAUAGAACAAUGUGGUUACAGAUAAAUCAAAGUAGCUUCGAUUACCAUAGUUAUAAAAUCAUUUGGCAACAAGUGAUUAACACUAAAUUAAGAAGAUUGAGAUAAGAAAGUCUAUUACACCUAAAUAUUAGAAGAGAUAAACAACAAUUUAUGCAAUGAGAACUAAAGCAGGAUGUUAAAUUAAUAAGGCUAUAAAAAUCAAUUAAGAUUCUGCUAUUGUUUGUCCCAAACUUCUUGAAAAGUAUUAAUAUAUCAUAAUAAAAUAGUAUUGGUUAUAAAUUAUUUGCAGUUUCAGACGGACAUGGUCUAAAUGGUCAUCAUGUGUCAAAUUUUAUAAAAUAAACUCUUCCUAAACAUUUGCAUAAUUAAUUGGGAGAUAAUCAUGAAGAUAUUAAAAUGUAAAUUUCAAGAGCAUUUACAAAUACAAAUAGAGAAAUUUGGAAUUCUAAUACAGAUACAAAUCUUUCUGGUUCUACUACUGCGUUAGUGCUCAUAAAAAAAGAUAUUGUAAUUAAAUAUUAUUAUAAAUUUGUUUUAGAUCUAUACAGCAAAUGUUGGUGAUUCAAGAGCAAUUUUAUGUAAGUUUGAUUAAGUUUGGUAAAUCUUACCUUUAACAAGAGAUCAUAAACCAGAUGAUCCUGAAGAAAUGAAAACUAUUGUUGAUGCAGGAGGUAGAGUUGAAUAAUAGAAAGGUUAAUCAAUUUCUUAAUUUAGAUUUUAAUUGGAAUCCAAUAGGACCUUUUAGAGUUUGGUUAUAGUAUAUUUAAGCACCAGGUUUAGCAAUGUCUAGAUCAUUUGGUGAUAAAGUUGGUGCUUAAGCAGGAGUAACAGCAAUUCCAGAAAUAAAACAAUUUGCUUUGACCAACCAUAAUUAAUUUUUAAUUGUUGCUUCUGAUGGAGUUUGGGACUAUUUGACUAAUGAAGAGGUAUUUCUGUUAAUAAUUAGGUGAUGAGUUUGGUGAUUCCAUACUUUGAAAAGGAUAAUCCAGAACAUGCUGCAGAAAAAAUAGUGAAAGAAGCAAUCUAAGCAUGGAGAAGAGUAAAAAUUUAUAUUUAAUUUUAGAAUAGUUUAGUAAGAGAUGAUAUUACUUGUAUUGUUAUCUUUCUAUGA